UCAAAACGUAAAUAAUAUAUGUUAAACAUAACCUAUGAAAACGAGACAAAUUGUAGAAAUUAAUAAAAUAUUAAUUGAAAUAAUUAUACUAAUAGUUUUGUGUUUUGUAUAAUGGCAUCUUCAUCAAUUAAUCAAAAAGAAUAUCUCAAAAGAUACUUAUCAGGUGGAAAGGACAAAACUAAAAAAAAGAAGAAGAAGGAUAAGCAGAGACAAUCCGAAACGAGGGUGAAAAUAAUUGAUGACGAUGUCGACGUUGUCACCCACAUUCAUACUGCGGAGGAGGCAGAAGAAUUAUUAGGCGGUGGUGAAGAUGCACCUCAAAUUGUUGGAGUAAUUGAUGAAAGGCCUUUAAGUUUAAGGAUUGACGAUUACAGAAAAAGUGACUUGUGGAAACCUAUUGGAAAUGAUCAAAAUGAAGAAUCAACAGAGAAAGAAAGCACAGCAGCUCAACAACUUUCUUUUAGGAUAAGUAAAAACAAAGCCGAAAUGCUGAAAAAAGAAAAGUCUAACAUAAAAAAGACAUCAAGCAGAAACAAAAACGACCUUAGUCCACAACAAAAUGAAAUGGUCAACAGUUCAGUAGACCUUAGUCCACCUAGAUGUAGAAUAGAUAAUUCAGGAGUUCAUAGUUCAUCCAUAAAUAUAACAGAUAAAUUAAGAGAUCUUAGUCCACCCAGAAAGAGAACUAUGGAUAAUUCAAGAGAUCUUAGUCCACCAAGACAAAGAUAUUCAAGAGAUGUUAGUCCACCAAGACAAAGAGAUAUACCAUUGGAUUCACAGAGACAAGAAACUACUUCAUUAAUUUCUAGUAAGAAAAAUAAUGAUCUUAGUCCCCCUCGUCUUAAAAAAAGCAAAACUGACUUCAGUCCUACAAGAAUUAAAUCCAUAGCAGCAAAAGAAAACUCUGAGGAUAUGAGCCCCCCAAGAAAGAAAAAAUAUGAAAACAAUAUUGAAAAAGAUAAAGAUAUAAGUUCAACACAUUUAAAGAAACAUCAAGAUUCAAGUCCACCUCAGAAAAGAGUGUAUCAUGAAAGCAUAGAUGAACCAGGUGUAAGGAAAAAUAAAUAUGUCAUUCCUCAAAAAAGGAUAAUUAGUGACAAAAUGGAAAAAACACUAGAAGGAAAGAAGGCGGGAUUACAAAAUGCACAGGAAUUAGUUAAAGAAAAUGAAGCGUUCAAAAUAAGAGAAAACAAAAUAUUUGAAAGUUUAAAUGAAGAAGUCUCAGGAAAAAAUGCAACAGUUGUAAUGAGAGAUCGAAAAACAGGAAAAAUCAGAGAUUUAAACAAAGAAGCUGAAGAAAAAAAGAAAAAAGAAGAAAAAGAAGCUAAAAAUAAAGAGAAGUAUAUGAAGUGGGGCAAGGGUUUAAAGCAGGUAGAAGAACAAAACGAAAAAAUUGAACAAGACCUGUAUGAGAUGAGUAAACCAUUAGCUAGAUAUGCUGAUGAUGAAGACUUGGAAAAUUUCCUGAAAGAACAAGAAAGAGAAGGAGAUCCAAUGUUGGCUUACAUACGAAAAAAGAAAAAGAAAACAGACAUUGAAAUUGGAAAACCAGAGAAGCCAACAUAUCAAGGGGAAUUUAUGCCAAAUAGAUUUGGUAUUCCACCUGGACACAGAUGGGAUGGAGUUGAUCGUUCCAAUGGGUAUGAAAAAAGGUGGUUUGAAGUACAAAACUCUCAGAGGGCUCAGCAAGAGGAAAUUUAUAAGUGGAGUACUGAAGAUAUGUAAUUUAUAAGUUCAGAGGUAUUUAGCGUGUGCUUUUUGUUUAAUAUGAAGACACAUUGUAUUGUAAUGGAACUUUUAAAAUAGAUGCGAUGCAGAAAGGUCAACAAUGAGAAAUCUUAUAGAGAGGAGAAUACCAGUUUACAAAUUAAAUUGUUGUAAUUCUAAACAAGUGGUUUUAUUCUGGUUAUACAAAUGUAUAGAAUGGGUAUGAUUUAUAAAAAUGCUUAAAUAUUGGUUUUCAUAAUUUUAAUAUAGUUGUUUUUGUACCGACUAAAUAAAGGUGUAAAAGUGGAAAGAAUAAAAGGAACUUUGGCGUGUUAAUAAUUUUUCUA